AUGGAACAGCAGAUGAGGCAGAUGUCAGAGAUGCAGAUGUCCUCCUCAUCCUCCUUCUCCAGCUCUUCCACCUUUAGCUCCUCCACAAGCUCCACCAAGCUGCGUAAAGUGUCCCAGGAGCACGCUGGGGCUCAGCGUAAGACCUCAGCUGUGGUGGAGUCCUUCAGCCAGGUACAGAAAUCCCCCCAGAUCCCCAAGGGAGAGUCUGUCCCAGAUUUCGAGGAGAAGCUGCGCCCCAUCACUGCCCAAGAGGGUGACAAUGCGGUGUUCAAGGCCAAGGUGAUGGGGAGUCCCCAACCCAGUGUUACCUGGGAACGAGCCAGCGGGUGCCCAAUGUCUGAUGCUACUAAAUCUUUCCAUGACAACAUCAACAAUCAGCAUAUACUCAAGAUCAAAAACUUGGCCUUGGAGGAUGCUGACGUCUACAAGUGCAUUGCUUCCAAUAAGCACGGAGAGGCCACUUACUCCAUAUCUCUCAUCGUUACAGAGAAUCCAGCGUUGGACUUCAAAAAGAUGCUGAAGAAACGCAGUGUGGAGAAAAGAGAGGAGAAGAAGCCACCUACAGAGGAGGAGAUGUUAAAGAUCCUGGCUGGAGCUGACAAGAAGGACUACGAGAGGAUCUGUGCCGAGUACGGCUUCACCGACUUCAGAGGCAUUCUUAAGAAGCUGAAGGAGAUGAAGAAGAAAGUGGAGGUGGAGAUGGUUCGUGUGUUGAAGCCCCUGGAGGACAUCACUGCCAAAGCUGACACCAACGUUGUCUUCGACACAAUCCUGGAACUGAAGGAUCCAAACAUCAGGAUGCAAUGGUUUCUGGUAAACUCUGUCUGCCUGUGUGUUGUGUGAAUUUCUCCCCCUCAUCCAGCAGUUUUAUUUACGAUUCAGGGCGCGGAGCUGUUGCGGAUCCAGUACUCUCAUGGGAAAUAUGAAGUGAAACAGAUGGGAACCAAGCACAUGCUGUGCAUCUCUAGCGUGAGCCUCAGUGACAUGGGCACCUAUACGCUGCAGGUUGGAGACAAGAGACUGUCAGCCAGGCUUAACGUCAAAGAUGAACCUCUGACAUUCCUGUCUGACUUCAAGCCGAAAAAAGUGACAGAGCGCCAGACUGCCGUGUUUGAGGUCCGUCUCUCCAAGAAGACGGACGCACCACUCAUCUGGAAGGUAAAGGGAAAGGAAGUUAAAAGAGAUGAAAAGUUUGAUGUGUCCUUGUCUGAGGAUGGUCUGACCUAUACCUUGAAGAUUAAGGAUGUGAAAGUCAGUGACACUGGAGACUACACCAUCAGCAUCGGAGACCUCACUGCCACUGUGCCGCUUUUCAUUGAACGGAUUCCCAUCAAGUUUACCAGCCACCUGAAAAACGUCCGUGUGCAGGAGAGAGGCAAGGCCCGUCUGGAGUGCGAGAUGAGCUCAAAGGACGUGCACAUUCGCUGGCUGAAGGAUGGGUGUGAUAUCACGGCGAGCCGUCGCUACAUCUUCAUGCGUGAGGGGAGGAGGGCAGAGGUUAUCAUCGAGGACUGUGAGCUGACAGACGAGGGAGUGUACUCUGCCGUCUGCACUCAGGACAACGACACACACGAAUAUGUCACGUCUGCCAAUCUAACCGUGGAUGAGCGCUUUGCCUCAGUGAAGAGUGGUAUGUCAGACGCUCAGUGUCCUACAGGCUCCCCUGCAGAGCUGUGUGUUGUUCUCGAUGAUGAGAAGGUGGAUGGAGUGUGGCUGAAGGAUGGGGUGGAGAUUUCAGAGCUGAGUGGGAUUCAGGUGCUCAAACAGGGAGCCGUCCACAAGCUCAUCUUCUCUGGUGUGACUGACGCCCAUGAGGGCAAGUACACCUUCAGAGCCAAGGGGGCUGAGAGUGAGGCUGUGCUCACUAUUGCAGACCCUCCAGAGAUUGAUUCCUCUGUGUUGGACUUGUUGGGGGCCCAACCUGUGACUGUGAAGGCAGGUCAGACAGCCACCAUAAAGAUCCCCUUCAAAGGCAAACCACUUCCCAAGGUCACCUGGUACAAAGAUGGUGUGGAGGUCACGGAGGAUGAGAGAACCAAGGUGGAGAGGACGGCUGACAGCACCUCCCUGGUGCUCAGCAGAUGUGUGCGAGAAGACAGCGGUGCGAUUAUGGUCCGUCUGAAGAGUGACUGUGGCACUGCUGUCGCCAACCUGCAUCUGAACGUGAUCGACCAUCCAAAGCCUCCCCAAGGCAAAGUAGAGUUCCUUGAGCUAUCAGGAAAGUGUAUCAAGAUGAAGUGGAAGGCUCCCCGGGACAAUGGGGGCAAGCAGGUGACUAGCUUUGUGAUCGAGCGGCGCGUGGCGGGUAAGAAGUCCUGGAACAGGGCUGGCGAGGUGGAAAGCAGCACCACCGUCUUCAGCGAUGACAAAGUGGAGGAGGGCCAGGCGUACCAGUAUCGCAUCAGAGCUGUCAACGCCGAGGGAAUGAGUGAACCUCUUGAGACAGAGGAGGUGCGCGCCGGAGAACCCAUAGAGCCUCCGGGCACAGCAUCUCAGCCCCAAGUGUCUAAUGUAACUAAGAAUACCAUGACAGUGAGUUGGACACCCCCAGCCCAUGAUGGAGGAGCCGCAGUUCUGGGCUACAUUCUGGAGCGGAGGAAGAAAGGCAGCAAUAUGUGGUUGCAGGUCAAUAAGGAGCUGCUCACAGAUUCAAAAUUCACUGUGGAUGGGCUGGUUGAUGAUGUGGAGUAUGAAUUCAGAGUGAUCAGUGUAAACAGGGCCGGAGCGGGCAGUCCCAGCACCGUUUCUAACGCGGUGCUGGCCAAAGACCCAAUACGUGCUCCUGGCCUGGUGAGGAACCUGUGUGUGUCUGACUCCACAAACUCCUCUAUUUCUCUGAGGUGGACGCCUCCAGAGCAGGGAGAUGAUCCCUCUGGGUACGUCCUAGAGGUGCGCUCCGAAGAUGCUAAAGAGUGGAUGAAAGCCACUAAGAUCCCAAUUGCUGGUACCGCCUUCACCAUGGGAGGACUUCAGGAGCGGAUGAAGUACCACUUCCGAAUCCGGGCUGUCAAUGAAGGAGGGGUGGGGGAGACCAUUGAGCUGUCGGAGGGUGUAUUGGCCAUGCCUCCACCUGUGGCACCCAGGUUCGAUCUCCAGGGAAAGCUGAAGAACCAGAAGGUGGUCCGAGCUGGAACAUCACUUUGCCUUCACCUCAGCUUCACUGCCUCACCCCCCCCAGUGGUAACCUGGUUGAAGGAUGGUAUCCUCACCACAGGAAAGGAAGUCAUCACCAAGAACAAUUACAGCUCCCAGUUCCUAAUUUCCUCCUCUCAGCGAUCUGACUCUGGUAUCUACCGUGCCCACCUGAAGAACGACUAUGGAGAGGCUCACUAUGAUGUUAAUGUGAGGGUUACAGACUUUCCUCGACCCCCAAAGAACCUACGCCUGGAAGAGGAGGUCCCGGGCACAGUGACCCUGCAGUGGGAUCACUCUCCAGACCUAGCUGACAAUGAUGAGGGAGCACAUUAUGUCAUCCUCAAACGAGACACCAGCACUGCCUCCUGGUUCACUGUGGCCGAGCGGGUGUUCAGCAGCAAGUACACUGUCACUGGACUGCUUCCUGGGAGGAAAUACUACUUCAGGGUCAUUGCGCAAAACUCUAUUGGGGACAGCGAUCCCCUGGACUCGAAGGAACCUCUCAUCAUCGCCAAGGAGAAAGAGUGCAUCAGCAGCCUUCGUUUGAAAGAGUACGCCUCACCACCACGUCAGGUCAAGCCUACUUUCCUGCUGCCACUGAAGGACCACGCUGUUCGCAGAGGACAUGACUGCACCAUGAGCUGUGCCUAUCAGGGCAUGCCACCUCCACAGGCCUGCUGGUAUAAAGGAGGAUCAAAGAUCUCUGACUCCCCUCGGUUCUGGCACAGCACAGCCAACGGAGUGUGCACCCUGGUCAUCCCCACCUGUGGAGCCAAAGACGGUGGAGAAUACACACUGGUGCUGGAGAACCCUCUGGGGAUGUCCAGGUGCUCCUGCAAGCUGGUGAUCUUUGAUAAGGAUGACAAGAGCCUGUUGGAGAGCCUGACCAACCAGGCAAACAAAGAGAAGCUUAUUUUGUAA